ACCCACAUUGGAGAUAUUGAAGUGUGUCCUGCCUGGUUUAGUUUACCUUUCAAAGUAAAACAGAGAAGGGGAAGAAGACUUUCUAACCUCAUAGUGUGUUCAUAGUGUCGACAUGGGUUGCCAAGAUGAAGACAUAGUUGUAGAGAAGAUCUGUGAGAUCUACCAAAGCAUCUCAAACCUCGAAUCCCUGAAACCAUCAAAACAUGUCGACAUGCUCUUCACACAGCUUGUUCACACAUGUAUCCCACCAAUCCCAAUCGAUGUCGCCAAGCUUUCCAACCAUGUCCAACACAUUCGGUCCAAACUCAUUAGACUCUGUGGAGAAGCUGAGGGUCUAUUGGAAUCUCAUUUCUCUUCCCUUUUGGGUUCUUUCCAUAACCCACUUGACCAUAUCAAACUCUUCCCUUACUACUCCAAUUACCUCAAACUCAGUCACCUUGAAUUCACUCUCCUCAUCGACCACUUCACCCAUGUCCCUACUAGUGUUGCCUUCAUCGGCUCUGGUCCUCUUCCCCUCACCUCCAUAGUCUUGGCUUCCAAUCACCUUCGAACCACCACUUUCCAUAACUAUGAUAUUGAUGCUUCAGCCAAUUCACUUGCCCUUAAUUUGAUUUCCUCUGAUCCUGACCUCUCUCAACGUAUGUUCUUCCAUACUAGUGAUAUCAUGGAGGUUUCCACUGCUCUUAGAGACUAUGAAGUUGUUUUCUUGGCAGCCCUUGUGGGUAUGGACAAGGAAGAGAAGACCCAAAUCAUCGAACACCUUAACAAGCAUAUGGCUCCUGGUGCUCUCCUCAUGCUUAGGAGUGCUCAUGGUGCCAGGGCUUUCCUCUACCCAAUUGUUGAACCCUGUGAUCUUCGAGGCUUUGAGGUGUUAUCGAUUUAUCAUCCAACCGACGAAGUGAUAAACUCGGUGGUGAUCGCUCGCAAAUACCCAGUUCCAGUCCUUUCAUUGGAUCAACAAGGCCUUGGACCUAUAAUUCUACCUGGCAAGUGUUCUGAGAUUCAAGCUUUUAAUCCCCUCAACCAUGGCAACAUGAUUGAAGAGUUGGCUAUUGAGGAGCAAACUUCUUGAUUGAUCUUUUGAAUGCAUGCACAUGAUGAUCAACAUCCAUGAUGAUCUUCAUUCUUAUGAAUCCUUCUUUUGACUGUUCACCUCCCUCUCCCCCC